AAUGAUGUUUUGUUCAUGAAUCUGCAGAAUUUCUUUGGAGGAUUUCAUGGGGCAGCUGUUGCUGCUGUUGCUGAGGCUGUGUCCAUAGCUUGUGCUAGAACAGUCGUGUCUAAGGAUAAGGAGAUUUUUCUAGGGGAACUAAGCAUUUCUUACCUCGCCAGCGCAAAAAAGAAUUUGAAGGUGAUAGUUGAUGCAUGCAUCAGUUCAGUUGUGCGAAGUGGAAGAAAUCUAAGUGUGAUAGCACUAGAGUUCAAGCUCAAGAAAACUGGGGACUUGAUUUACAUAGCUCGUGCCACCUUCUAUCACAUGCCUGCUGCGAAAUUAUUGAUUUGGACCUUAAAUAUUUCUGUAUUUAGGUGCACCCCAAAUUCGUACCUGUACGGCUCCGUUCUAUGGUACAUCUUAUUAUCAUUUUUUGUGACUGCCACUCACUGGCUCGAUAUAUUAUGACAAUAUGUAUAGUCACUUUU